AAUACAGAAAGCUCACUUCCGGUUCCGACGUUUGUGAAAAACUUUUUUCUCUACUAUGGAUGAUAACUACAAGAGAGCCGAUAGCAGGAUUUAAAAGUGAUUCUGCAUUUACGGGUUGUAAAAAUGUUCAUUGACCUUUUGAAACAGAGCGCCGCAUGGAGGCUGUUUUAAAAAAUGUAGAGAGCACGUCGGAGUUACUGGCCGUUUCCCAGACUGACUAUAUAAAGCAAUGGGAUGAAGGCACAGUGGAAAGGGCUUUCCAGUGGGCCGACUACUGUGAACACAUCUAUAACAGGUUCAACGCAAACUCAACUAUCAGAACGGCCAUACAAAACAAACUGCAACAGAUCAACGAGCGCCUACGUAAAACUUUCACAGAACACCGGGAUCUGACUUUUCCCGACUUGGGUCGCUGUAGGGAUGUGCUAUUGGUGAGUUUGUUGAAGAACCCCGCCUGUCCUUGUUCUGUCAUAAAAUCUCUUAUGGGCAGUUUUAAACCAAACGAGGGAAGCGGAGAAGUGGCUCAGAGCUUCUCCCACCUCCCCCGGUCGAUUUCGUGUAAGUCAGCUGGGGAAGUCUUAUGGACCACCAACGUUAAUCGGAGAGCCGCUGGUUGUAUAUGUAUGGAAGCUCUGGUGAAAGGUUCGAUCUUAGGUGAGCACAUACAAAAACUUCUCUCCCACGCAGGUAAUGAAAGCUUCGUUAGAAACCUGUUGGACUCUGUUUCUCAGCCUAGCAGCAAGGAGGACAAUGCUCCCGAAAUUAUUGCAGGUGCUCUUCUUUCCUGUCAAGAUGUCACGUCUUAUGAUGUCACCAGAAACUUCAUCUUCACCUGGCUGCAGGCUAACCCAAACUCACUGCUGAGCAUGUGCCAGGUGUUGCCAGUGUUGACUUUGACCAAACUGGCACAGCAGUCAGAGCAGUUUGGACUGGCGUACAUGGGCAUACUGAAAAAUUGGGCAUCAGCUAUGUCCUAUGAUGUGACUGCAGGUGAAUGGAUGGCGAGUGAAGGAAGCAGUGUGCCAUUCAUAACACUCAUAGAACACCUCAGAUCUUUACUGUCAAGGGGAGACCCCCUGGAAAGGGAGACACUGAGAGAGCUGCGUGAGAUGAAGGAGUGUGAUGGUGGGUUUGAGGAGAGGGGUCUUAGUGUAUGGGGAGAUGCCCUGUCUCAGCUGAACACAGGUCAGUCAGGCUACCAGCAUCAACUGACUUAGUGAACCGCACCCAUGAAAAGGCAAACCACUGAACAGCGCAGGCAUCUUCUGGCCAGUAACCUUUUGAAUUGAAUUAUACGAUGGUUUACUGUUCAUUGGGGUGUCGUUUUACUGAAUGUAUGAAUUGAUUAAUUUCUUCCAACAUCUUAAUUUGUUUGAAUGCUCUGUGGGGAAAAUAAAGUGCCAUAUUUUUA